GCCUUCUUCACGCACCACCAUUCGUUUGCUCUGUCCUGACCACGACUCUUAACUUCCUGCUGACCUGUUAAUUCAGGAAAACAGAGGUCAAAAUGUAUCCUCAGUCUUCCUCGCCAACAGCAGAUCAUGCAGAUCCUUUCACUGUAACAGGCGGUCCACGCAGAUACCUCUACAGCGACAACGACUCUGACAACGUAGACCCCUACGGACGCAGAGACACUUAUGCUUCAGACAGCAGCAACAACGGCCUCAACGAUACCGAGCGAUACUAUGAUCACAACGGCAACUACGACCCAUACGCACAACCUGACACAGACUCGGACGUCGAUAUCUAUGGCCAGCGUUACCCACCAGCAUCUUCUGAAUCACUAGGGCCUUCGAGAAUGGGCAUGUCAGAUUCAACCGCAACCGCAUGGGCGGAGUACGCAGGACCCCCAGGCGCGCGCGAAGCCUAUCCCGCCUGGUCGGCCGAGCGCCAGAUACCACUCUCCAAGGAGGAAAUAGAAGAUAUCUUCCUAGACUUGACUCAGAAAUUUGGGUUCCAGCGAGACUCCAUGCGGAACAUGUUUGACUUCUUGAUGCAACUGCUGGACAGUCGGGCAUCUCGCAUGUCGCCCAAUCAGGCGCUCCUCACCCUACAUGCAGAUUACAUAGGCGGUGAGCAUGCGAAUUACCGUAAAUGGUAUUUUGCAGCCCAGCUCGAUCUCGAUGAUGCCGUGGGCCACGUUCAAAAUCCUGGUCUUCAGCGUCUCAACCGCAGGGCCGGCGCUCGCUCGUCCAAUGAGAAAUCCCUCGCAACGGCAAUGGAGCGCUGGCGCCAGGCCAUGAACAACAUGAGCCAGUACGAUCGCCUGCGCCAGAUCGCGUUGUACCUUCUCUGCUGGGGUGAGGCGGCCCAAGUGCGCUUUGUUCCCGAGUGUCUGUGCUUCAUCUUCAAGUGCGCUGACGAUUAUUAUCGUUCGCCUGAGUGCCAGAACAAAGUGGACCCUGUACCUGAAGGUCUGUACCUGAGAUCAGUUAUCAAGCCCUUGUACCGCUUUAUACGGGAUCAAGGCUAUGAGGUAGUUGACGGGAGAUUCGUGAGGCGGGAGCGAGACCAUGCAGACAUUAUUGGUUACGAUGACGUCAACCAGCUCUUCUGGUACCCAGAGGGUAUCGCUCGGAUCAUACUCACUGAUAAGACGAGACUCGUGGACCUUCCACCCCCACACAGGUUUAUGAAGUUUGAUCGCAUCGAUUGGAAUCGUGCGUUCUUCAAGACCUACUAUGAAAAACGCUCUUUUGGUCAUCUCCUGGUCAACUUCAACCGCAUAUGGGUUAUCCACAUCUCCCUUUACUGGUUUUACACCGCAUACAACUCCCCUAAGGUAUACCAGAUCUCACUCUCUGAAAAUAAGGUCUACAACUCUCCGGCAUUGUCAUGGUCUGUCACCGCGCUCGGAGGUGCAGUUGCCACGAUCGUCAUGAUCGCAGCGACGCUCGCUGAGUUUUCGUACAUCCCAACUACCUGGAACAAUACCUCCCAUCUCUCCCGGCGCUUGCUAUUUUUAUUCAUCACCCUCGCGCUGACAUGCGGUCCAACGUUCUACAUUGCCAUUGCGGAAAACAGCUCUAAUGGAACCACCAGUUCGCUUUCCCUCAUCCUGGGUAUCGUGCAGUUCUUCAUCUCGGUCGUGGCUACGCUCCUCUUCGCGACCAUGCCUUCUGGACGUAUGUUUGGGGACAGAGUCGCCGGAAAGUCACGGAAAUACCUUGCCAGUCAGACUUUCACUGCUUCAUAUCCUGGGCUUCAUACGCAAGCACGCCUGGCCUCUAUCGCGCUCUGGGCACUCGUCUUCGGUUGCAAAGCCACGGAAUCAUAUUUCUUCCUCACGCUUUCAUUCCGUGAUCCCAUUGCAGUCAUGGUGGGGAUGAAGAUCCAGGGCUGUAGCGACAAGUACUUUGGCGACAGUCUAUGCACUAACCAAGCUGCAUUCACGCUGACCAUCAUGUACGUGAUGGACCUGGUGUUCAGUAUCGCUCGGUCGUUCAUGCUUGGCUUGUCGAUAUGGACGCCUUGGAAGGAUAUCUACACUAGACUACCAAAACGGAUCUACGCAAAGCUGCUUGCGACGAGGGAUAUGGAGGUCAAGUACAAGCCGAAGGUGUUGGUCUCGCAAAUUUGGAACGCAAUUAUCAUUUCCAUGUACCGCGAGCACCUGCUUUCCAUUGAGCACGUGCAGAAGCUGUUGUACCACCAGGUUGACUCAGGACAUGAUGGGAAACGCAGUCUCCGUGCACCACCGUUCUUCAUUUCCCAGAGCGAUAAGGGCUUCAAGGGCGAGUUCUUCCCUCCAGGCAGUGAGGCCGAGCGGCGUAUCUCGUUCUUUGCACAGUCGCUCACGACGGCUGUUCCGGAGCCACUGCCUGUUGAUGCCAUGCCUACGUUUACAGUCUUGACGCCUCAUUACAGUGAGAAGAUUCUGUUGUCGCUGAGGGAGAUUAUUCGGGAGGAAGAUCAAAAUACCCGCGUCACCCUCCUCGAGUACCUGAAACAGCUCCACCCCAUUGAAUGGGACAACUUCGUCAAGGAUACCAAGAUCUUGGCUGAGGAAUCUGCCAUGUUCAACGGCUCGACUCCUUUUGGCUCAGAUGAAAAGGGUCAGUCAAAGAUGGACGAUCUGCCAUUCUACUGCAUCGGAUUCAAAAGCGCUGCUCCCGAGUUCACCCUGCGGACCCGUAUAUGGGCUUCCCUGCGCGCGCAGACGCUCUAUCGUACAGUCUCUGGUAUGAUGAACUACGCCAAGGCAAUCAAGUUGCUCUACCGCGUAGAAAACCCCGAGGUCGUCCAGCAGUUCGGCGGCAACACAGACAAACUCGAGCGCGAGCUUGAACGCAUGGCCCGGCGCAAGUUCAAGUUCGUCGUCUCCAUGCAGCGCUACUCUAAAUUCAACAAGGAGGAGCACGAGAACGCUGAGUUCUUGCUGCGUGCAUACCCGGAUCUUCAGAUUGCAUACCUUGAUGAGGAGCCGCCGCGCAAGGAGGGUGGUGAACCACGGUUGUUCUCUGCGCUUAUCGAUGGCCACUCUGAAUUCAUUCCUGAGACUGGUCGUCGUCGUCCCAACUACCGCAUUGAGCUCCCUGGUAACCCAAUUCUGGGUGAUGGCAAGUCGGACAACCAGAAUCACGCGAUCGUCUUCUACCGUGGCGAAUACCUGCAACUCAUUGACGCUAACCAGGAUAACUAUCUGGAGGAGUGUCUUAAGAUUCGCAACAUCCUGGGCGAGUUCGAGGAGUACUCAGUGUCCACGCAGAGCCCGUACGCACAAUAUGGUCACAAAGAGUUCAAGAAUAGCCCUGUGGCCAUCGUUGGCGCCCGCGAGUACAUCUUCUCGGAGAACAUUGGUAUUCUUGGUGAUCUCGCUGCUGGCAAGGAGCAGACGUUCGGUACGCUGUCCGCUCGUGCUUGGGCGUGGAUCGGUGGAAAGCUUCACUAUGGCCAUCCUGACUUCCUGAACGCACUCUACAUGAACACUCGCGGUGGCGUGUCGAAGGCACAGAAGGGUUUGCACCUUAACGAAGAUAUCUAUGCUGGCAUGAACGCUGUUGGCCGUGGUGGUCGUAUCAAGCACACUGAGUACUACCAGUGUGGUAAAGGCCGUGACCUUGGUUUCGGUACCAUCCUCAACUUCCAGACGAAGAUCGGCACUGGUAUGGGAGAGCAGAUGCUCAGUCGGGAAUACUAUUACAUGGGCACGCAGCUGCCUAUCGACCGUUUCCUCACGUUCUACUAUGGCCACCCCGGUUUCCACAUCAACAAUAUGUUGGUCAUUUUGGCCGUCCAGUGCUUUAUUGUGACCAUGGUGUUCUUGGGAACUUUGAACUCUUCGAUCUUGGUUUGUCAGUAUUCUUCCUCUGGCACGGUCCUGCCUGGCUUCGAUGGCUGCUACAACCUGACGCCCGUAUUUGACUGGAUCCACCGUUGCAUCAUCAGUAUCUUCUUGGUGUUCAUGAUUGCCUUCCUGCCGCUGUUCAUUCAAGAACUGGUAGAACGUGGAACGGGCCGUGCCAUUAUUCGUCUCGGAAAACAGUUCAUGUCCCUCUCCCCUGUCUUUGAGGUGUUCUCUACCCAAAUCUAUACGCACUCCAUCCUCAGCAACUUGACCUUUGGUGGUGCCCGAUAUAUCGCAACAGGACGUGGAUUUGCAACUACCCGUAUCUCAUUCAGCAUCCUCUUCUCUCGUUUCGCCGGACCAAGCAUUUACUUAGGCAUGAGGACCUUAGUCAGCCUCCUUUAUGUCACAAUGGCACUAUGGACGCCAUACUUGAUUUACUUCUGGUUCUCAAUUCUUGCUCUUUGCGUCGCUCCUUUCUUGUUCAACCCGCACCAGUUCGCUUUCGCGGACUUUGUGAUCGACUAUCGGGAAUUCUUGAGAUGGAUGUCUCGUGGAAACUCGCGCUCGCAUAACAACUCUUGGAUCGGUUACUGUCGGCUGUCUAGGACUAUGAUUACCGGUUACAAGAAGAAGAAGCUUGGUCUCCCUUCAGAGAAACUGUCGGGUGAUGUUCCACGCGCCGGUUGGAGAGCGGUCGUGUUUUCAGAGGUCAUCUUCCCCAUAGUGAUGGCAGUGCUGUUUAUCAUUGCCUACAUAUUCGUCAAGUCCUUCCCCGAUUCGACAGGCAAGCUUCCACCAAAUCCACUGAUCCGAAUCGCGAUCAUUUCCCUCGGUCCAAUAGUAUGGAAUGCUGCAAUCCUCCUUUUGCAGUUUAUCAUCUCUAUAUUCCUUGGACCCAUGAUGGACCCUACGUUCCCGAGAUUCGGAUCCGUCAUGGCAUCUACAACCCACGUACUCGGUUUCGUCGGCAUGCUAGGCUUCUUUGAGUUCUUGUGGUUCCUUGAGACGUGGAAUGCAUCCCAUGCAGUCCUUGGCAUCAUCGCGGUCAUUGCGAUCCAGCGUGCCGUUCACAAGAUUCUCAUCGCUGUGUUUUUAUCGCGUGAGUUCAAGCACGACGAGACGAACCGGGCAUGGUGGACUGGACGUUGGUACGGACGUGGUCUUGGCUCCCAUGUCAUGUCACAACCCGCCCGUGAAUUCGUAGUAAAGAUCAUUGAGCUGUCGUUGUGGAGCUCUGACCUUCUCAUUGGUCACUUCCUAUUGUUCAUGUUGACCCCACCCAUUCUUUUCCCGUACGCGGACCGCUUGCAUGCGAUGCUGCUUUUCUGGUUGCGGCCCUCCAAGCAGAUUCGCGCACCCCUCUAUUCUCUGAAACAGAAGAAGCAGCGCCGCUGGAUCAUCAUCAAAUAUGGCACCGUUUAUGUGACCGUCAUUGUCUUCUUCGCAGCGCUCAUUGCCCUUCCUGCUGUCUUCCGCAGCAAAAUUCACCUAAAUUGCACCCUAUGCAAUAAUCUGUAAUGAAUCCAUCUUCCAUCUAUAUCAUCCGCAUUCUAUAGAUUAUCCACCAUUACUUGUAGUCUUUUCUGAGCUUCCAUCUUGCGCGCUGGACAUUCACAUGAACACUGUCAAUAUGUCUAGUUUUGACGUCGUCAACCGCCUCGUACUGCAUGGACACUAUUGGUGUAAUGUACGGAUACGAACUUCUACGAACUUUUAUAAAUCACAUAUUUGGGUUGCAUAUCAUGCCAUAUGCAUAUAUGGCCAUAUGAUGAAAGGGAGAUGGCAUAUUGAUUCUCUCCGAGGGCCCUGACACGU